AUGGCAAUCCACCUCCUUGAAUCCCUUGCAGAAAAUGCCAACAGCUUUUUCAAUCUUAUGUCCCUUGGUCUCCAAUUUAUCAUUUUCCGAGUCGGCCAUAUAUCUUUUUUUUCUUUCUUUAUUCGUUGUUUUCUUUCGAUUUUUAUGUACCAAAUCCUUUCUAUUCCUUGCAGUCAAGUUCUUCCUCUCGGACGUAGGCGAUUCAUAAACAUUUCUCCACCUCCUUCUAUCCUCCUUCUAUCAUUCUCCUAUGAAUGCCAUCAACAAGUUUCCUUCAGGACCCUCCCUUGCAGCUCAACAACAAUCCUACAAACCACAUUCUCCUAUCAUCCAAACCAUUCAACCAUCAGUCUCAUCCACCUUCCCGAGUCGGCCAUCAGUCUCAUCUUUUUCUUUCUUUUUUUUUCAGGACGUGAUGCUCCACCUAUGUCCUUUCAGGACGUAGGCGUCCUCCCAUACAAACCACAUUCUAUCUCUCCACCUCCUUCAUGCCAUGUCCUUGCAGCUCUCAACGUCCCUUUCCUCCUUCUAUCCCUUCUCCUAACACAAACCACAUUCUAUCAUCAUGACCUUCCUGACUCUCAACAAGUUCCUUCCCCUCUGCUAUCUCCCAUAAACCCAUUCUAUCAUCACCUUCCUGAGUCGGCCAUCAGUCUCAUCUUUUUCUUUUCUUUUCUUUUUCAGGACGUAGGCGAUCAGUCUCAUUUUUUUCUUUCUCCGACAAACCACAUUCUAUCAUCCCCCCUCCCGAUCCAUCCUUCUGUACAACCACAUCUCUGUCAGGCCAUUCAGUCUCAUCCCUUUUCUCAUUUUUCUUUUUUCAUCUUUAGACGAUCAGGAAAUCGUUCAACAUUCUUCUGUCUGCUAUCUCCCUUUCUUUUAAAGACGGACUUGAUGAGUCGUAAUUUGGAAGGAACACGCAUGUUAUUGUUCAUGUGGAGCAGCGAAUGUACAUUCGGUUUGCACGACUGGUUCAUUUUUUCCGAACAUCUGAGUAGAUCCUUGUACGUUACAAGAACACACACACUCUCUCUCUCUCUCUCUCUCUCUCUCUCUCUCUCUCUCUCUCUCUGA